AUUUUGUAUUUUGUAAAGCAUAGAAAAGAGACAUGAGUGGACGAGGCAAAGGCGGUAAAGGACUCGGGAAAGGAGGCGCUAAGCGGCACCGUAAAGUUCUCCGUGAUAACAUCCAGGGAAUCACCAAACCCGCUAUCCGCCGUCUGGCUCGCCGCGGUGGAGUGAAGCGUAUCUCCGGCUUGAUCUACGAGGAGACUCGCGGUGUGUUGAAGGUGUUUCUGGAGAAUGUGAUCCGUGAUGCCGUCACCUACACCGAACACGCAAAGAGAAAGACCGUGACCGCCAUGGAUGUGGUGUACGCGCUGAAAAGACAGGGCCGAACUCUGUACGGCUUCGGUGCCAAUCAGAGCGAAAAGGGCGGAACCUUCCCCCUUCUACCACCACAGAUACCACCCCCACUUUCUUCUUCUUCUUCUUCUUCUUCUUCUAAAACGACAUUUAUAUUGAGAAUGGCAAGAACUAAGCAGACCGCCCGUAAAUCAACUGGAGGUAAAGCGCCCAGAAAGCAGCUGGCUACGAAGGCUGCCCGUAAGAGCGCUCCUGCUACCGGCGGCGUGAAGAAACCUCACCGUUAUAGACCCGGUACCGUGGCGCUGCGGGAGAUCCGCCGCUACCAGAAAUCUACAGAGCUGCUGAUCCGCAAGUUGCCCUUCCAGCGUCUGGUGAGAGAGAUCGCUCAGGAUUUCAAGACUGAUCUGCGCUUCCAGAGCUCCGCUGUGAUGGCUCUACAGGAGGCCAGCGAGGCUUAUCUGGUCGGCCUGUUUGAGGACACCAACCUGUGCGCCAUCCACGCCAAGAGGAGAAGAAACAUGAGUGGACGAGGCAAAGGCGGUAAAGGACUCGGGAAAGGAGGCGCCAAGCGGCACCGUAAAGUUCUCCGUGAUAACAUCCAGGGAAUCACCAAACCCGCUAUCCGCCGUCUGGCUCGCCGCGGUGGAGUGAAGCGUAUCUCCGGCUUGAUCUACGAGGAGACUCGCGGUGUGUUGAAGGUGUUUCUGGAGAAUGUGAUCCGUGAUGCCGUCACCUACACCGAACACGCCAAGAGGAAGACCGUGACCGCCAUGGAUGUGGUGUACGCGCUGAAAAGACAGGGCCGAACUCUGUACGGCUUCGGCGGUUAAACAGUUUGUUAGAACAACACAAAGGCUCUUCUAAGAGCCGCCCACUGCGCAUUGAC